UCCCUAGUUCAAAUUGUGUCGCAAGUAAAAUUGUCGCGGGAUUCACGUAAAGUCAAUAACGGAGUAUACAAAACGUACAUUUUUACAAAAUGAUUCGGAAACAAAUUGAUAUUUACUUGGAGGCUCUUGCGGGCUACAUUAACGACGACGACAAAUUAGUUACUUACAAGUGGUUGAGCAAGGAGUUAGGCAUCCACGUGAAUUUGUCAAAGCAGCUGUUAUUCGAGUACUGGGAAACUCAACGAGUGCAGAAAAAUCAUGUAAUCAGUGCGACUUUCCUGCUCAUGGGAUACGUCAAGGAGCGAGAGAUGCGAGUCGAGGUCGUCAAAGAGGAUCAUAUGGCAUCUGCCAAGGAGAAAUUUGAACAAAUAAUAUCCGAGCAUAUUUACAGCUUGCAAAAAACUCUCCCUGAGAUAGAGCUACUCGCCAUUACUGACAAAGGCGAUUCUCAAUUGAGCGCUGUCCACUCUUCUCAGUCUGUUCUCAGGUCUGAUCAUGAGAUGGAAGUUCUUCGUUGGGGUAGCGCCUUGUUAGCGAAUAAACAGAUGAAAAACAAUACUCAGAUUACAGCUCCGAAAGUUCGGGCAAAUGCGAAUACCGAGUCAAAGCUUACUGAUCAGGCCAAGAAUGUCAAGGAGUCUGGUGCUAAAUCGACCACAAAUAAAACAGCAGCGGCUAAUUCGAGUGCAAAAACACAGAAAACUGCCUUCAACAAUUUCUUUGCUAAGGCCAUAGAUAAGCAAAGCAAGGAGAAGACAUCUGUGAAAGGUGUGAAGAGUAAACCUGUUGCGUCAAGCAGUAGUUUGACAACUACUUCACCCCAUAAGAAUAACUGGUUCGAGGAGAAGAAGAAACCUAUUAGUUCGGACAACAAGGAGGCAAAAGAAAAUCCGGAGAAUAUUAACGAUUCAAAAAAGCCUAAACUUAAUGAAGACAAAGAAAAAUCUCCGAAAACUAAUUUACCGAAAAAGAAUGCCUGGUUUGAAGCAAAGAAAAAGCCUCCAAGUACCAGCGACAAGGAAGUAAAAGUACAGGUGGAGAGUUGCAGCGAUUCGAAAAAGGCCAACGUAGAAAAGUUUCAAGAAAAAUCACCACAGACUGAAAAAGUUAGCAAACAAGAAUCGGCGGUGAAAAAUCUCAGCUUUGGGAAAACUGGCGAUAAAAAAAAAGUAGCAUCUUCUUCACGAGGAAAAAAACGCAAGACUUCUUCAAAGGGCGAGAAUACUAAUAAGAAACGAAAACGUAUAGUUGUGAUAUCUAGUGACGAAUCAAGCGAUGACAGCGAGACUAGGGAUGAUAUUGAGGAACCUGAUAGUUCUGAAGAACCACCGCAAGUUGUUGAAAGAGUUAAAAGUUCUCCUUCGCCACCUCUGGUCAAGUGUGAAGGCGGGAGGCGCAAAGUUCGGAAAUUGGUCGAUAAAACGUUUGUCGAUGAAGAUGGGUAUUUUGUCACUCAAAAAGAAUACGUUUACGAAAGUUGUUCAGAUAAGGAAGAGGAAAUGCCGGUAGAGGCUGCAAAACCUUCUACCGCUGAUGUUGCAGCAAAGACUGCAAACAAGCGGAAGCAAGUAUCGCUGCUUAAUUUCUUCAAGAAGUCGUAGUUAACUAAUACGUGGAAAAUGUAACUGUAAUGAUGAAUUAAAAUAUUCAUUGAAUAUA